AGUGAUGGAACAAAUUUGGCUUCGACUCUUUUCUAUUUCAGGACUGCUGUCAUUAACUCUGUGUCAACCACAAGAGUAUAUUCUGAUCCAGCAGUUAAUGACGUGGGAAAAUGCACAGAAAUACUGCAGGACGCACCAUAAUGAUCUGGCCACCGUUCAGAGUAAUGAAGACUGGACGCGUCUGAAAGAAGCUGCAGAUGAAAAACAGUUCUCUUCAUACGCCUGGAUCGGUCUGUUCAACGACAUCAACGGCUGGCGCUGGUCUUACAACGAGGAGAGUCUGGUGUUCAAGAACUGGGCUUUUGACCAACCAGAUAACUUCUUUGAACGAGAAGAGUGUGUCAGCAUGUAUUUGGAAGGAAAAUGGUCUGAUUACUACUGCACCGCUGAAUUGAAUUUCGUGUGUUACGACGAGAAUGCAAGCGGAACAUCUAAACUGGUGUUAAUCAAGACCCUGAAGGCAUGGCCUGCUGCUCAGAAGUACUGCAGAGAUCAUUACACAGACCUGGCUAUCAUUAGGAGUACAGAUGACAAUGACCAGAUAAUCAAGCUACUGUAACAAUGGCUCCCACCGCUCAAAUACAACGGUAUGCACAAAUCUAUUUAAAUGUUGUCUUUGUCAUGACAAAGUAUAUAUUUUAUCAUUAAUUUUUUUUGUUUCUAUAUUAAUGAUUUCAUAUUUGAAACAUACAUUUCUCAACAUUAUUAAAACUUACUAAUAUGUUCAAUCCAGAGCCACUUGACCAUUGACUGCAGUCCUGAGAGCUAAAUAUUGUUUGAUAGCAUAUGUGUAGGCGUUUCCUCCGUCUCACCCCAAAUUCACAUCGAAACUCCAUCUUUGCCGCCCAGUUUUGGGAACAGUUUUUCCAUCAGAGCACAGUGAUGCCUUAAAAUACUCUCUACGUAAUACUAGGCAUACUAGGUUUUGAUUCAGAGCCACAGAGAGAUGGACGGGAUGUGAUUGUCCACUGAACCAUUGAAGCAUUGAGCUUCAGUGAGCAUUAAAGAUGACAUUUGAUGUUUAAUAAGCUUUAAUGAUUUUAGUUCAAUGAGAGAGAAAAAGAGAGAGAGAUACGCAAUUGAGAUUAAUUCACACACAAUACACUUUAGCAGCUAUGCAGGAACACUGCAAUCACAAAUUACAACACACUUUAUCUACACUGUUUAAAAAACAUUGAAAUAUACAGUAAAAAGCAGCAGCUCUGAUUUAAUAACUGUAAAAAAUACGGUAGCAACAAUCAGUUUUCCUCUGCAGUCACCAUAAUUUUGCAGUUUGUUGGAGCCAUGUGGUGUGCGUGUGUGUUUACAUUCUUUGUACAUAUUUUUAUACCAUAUAUUAUAUUUUACUAUAAUAUAACUUAAUCAUAUUUUAAUAUGAUAUUUAGGACAUGUUUGUUGGUUAAUCAAAUUUACUGUGUUGAAUAAAAUUCCUGAAUGGAAAGUUGAA